AUGAGUAUAACAGUCCCAGCUGCUGAUGUAUCAAGUUUUGUGAGCUGGAUUUUGAGUUGGAUUUCUCUGAUUGUCUAUUUGAGUUGGAUGUUUAUUCCUGACGAGUACUUAAAUCGAAUAAAUAUCACAUAUUACCCAGAUAGAAUGUGGGGAAUUACCGUUCCAAUCUACUUAUUAUUUCUAAUAUUCAUGACAAUUAUAGCAUAUAAUUGCUUAUCUGCUUUGAAUGUCAGGCCAACCAACUCAUUCGAUCUGAUUAUGGAUGAAUCAACAAGAUAUAUUGAUCUAUCGUUUCUAUACAAGUUUGAGGAUUUAGAACAAAUCAAAUCUAUUUGCCAUUCUACUUUGAAAAUCUACAAAUUGGUAAAUGGGAAUCCAGGUGAGAAAGUUACUGAAGGAGUCAGAAGUGACCAUGAAAAGAACUACAAACUAUAUGAUGAUCCUAAAAGUUCUAUAAUUAUACAAGCUUUCAAAAGUGAGGAUGUGACUUUAGGCUUAGUCCACUUGAACAAUGAAAUCGAUUCUUUGCAUAGUAAAAAGAAGAUAAUUCCAGUGGCAGACUUACCACUUCCUUUAGUUUGUGAAAUAAUAUACUCAAAUAAAUUUUUAAAAAAGCAAUAA